AUGACUUGUUGCCAAACUUCACCAAGCCAUUCCUGGCUUUAUCCUAUAGUAAUUCUCUGCCUAUUUGGUUUUUUCUCAAUGAUGAAACCAUCAGAGCCAUUUAUCAUAGUUUAUUUAACAGGACUUGACAAAAACCUCAAAACACAAAAGACAACUAACUUUCCACUUUGGACCUACUCUUACCUGGUGCUGCUGCUCCCUGUGUUUGUCCUCACUGAUUACGUCCGCUACAAGCCGGUCAUCGUCUUACAGGGGAUAAGCUUCAUCGUCACCUGGCUGCUGCUCCUGUUUGGCCAAGGAGUGAAGAUCAUGCAGCUUGUUGAAUUUGUCUAUGGUCUGCUGUCGGCCACCGAGGUGGCCUACUAUGCCUACAUCUACAGUGUGGUCAGCCCAGAGCACUACCAGAAGGUGAGCGGCUACUGUCGGAGUGUCACGCUGGUGGCCUACACAGUGGCCUCGGUGCUGGCCCAGCUCCUGGUUUCCCUGGCAAACGUGUCCUACUUCCACCUCAACGUCACCACCUUGGCCUCUGUCUCCGUGGCUUUCUUCUUCUCACUCUUUCUGCCAAUGCCCAAGAAGAGCAUGUUUUUCCACACAAAACCCAGCAAACCAGCUCCUCAGAAGACACCAGGACAGACUGCUGUCCUAGAGGAAGCCCAUAGAGGUGACGAAGCAGCCCACCAAGAAGCAGGCACCCUUUCCAGGCAUGGGGAGGAGAGCCAGCCCAGCAGCCCCAAGCCCAGACAUGAGGCUUUGAGGAGCUGCGUGCAGUGGUUCCAGGAUCUGCGGGAGUGCUACUCCUCCAAGCGUCUUUUCUGCUGGUCCCUGUGGUGGGCUCUUUCCACAGCGGGUUUUAACCAGGUUUUGAACUAUGUGCAGAUCCUGUGGGAUGACAAGGCCCCAUCCCAAGAUUCCUCCAUCUAUAAUGGAGCAGUAGAAGCCCUUGAAACCUUGGGGAGUUGGCUCAGUUCUAUUACUCUGAGCAACGUGUCUGAAAUCUUUCUGAUUUGA